GAGUUGGAAGGAGUUCUACUUCACACUCGAAGACUGACUGUGUGUGAUGUAUACAGCGAAACACCUUUCAGGCUUGGAAGAGAAGCCAAAAGAACUGGGCUGGACACUGUUAUGAGGGGUGAUGCUGGACUGGAGCUACAUGUAAUCAAGUGGAUGAGCACCGGUGAUGAAACUCAUCUUUUACUAACGGAUGACCAUUCCCUCCAAGAUGUCAUCUCCAUACUGGCUCCAUUGUGUCCGAAAGGGAUGCAUUUCUCCAUUGAUUUCCACAUGAUAUGUCUACUUCCAUUGACCCCCAUGCCUAUGCCUAUCCCUGUGCCUAUGAAAUCUGUCAUCACAGUUUGCAUUAAGUCCCUGAUGUGGCUUAAAACACUCCAGAAGCCACUAUUGGAGGUCAGUAAUUGGUUUCCAAAUGCAAAGAGUCUAGAUAUGAAAAUAGUGAGUCUAAGUCCUCCAUCCGAUAAAGCAUACUCUCAUGAGGUCUAUUCAUCAUCAGCCUUAGAGGAGCUUAAAUUAAGAUAUGAGGGGAGGUAUGAUAUAACUACAGACAGCCUGUUAAUGGAUAUUUCUACCUCCUGUCCAAAUAUCGUAUCACUGGUGUUAUCAGGCUUUGGAAGAUGUCUAUCGAACAAGUCGGGCAAAGAAAUUACAUCAUGCAAGAUGCCACAUCUGACCAACAUCCAUCUUGAACCAUUUGGGACGGAUGAUCACUGCAGAUUUGAGACAUUAAUGAAUGUACUUCAUGUAUUUCAUGUCAUAAGUCCAAGUUUUAAGUUUGUUGAGGCAAAGAAGGUUCAGCUAGGAGAUGCAGAACUUACCUCUGUUAAGUCGUCCCAAACAUCUUCAGGUUGUAAGCUACAAAUUGAAGGUGCAUCAGCAGCUGUACCCAUGGCUGACCUAAUGCAUCUUGUGUCAAAUGAACUCAAAGGAGUUACUGUCCUGACAUUUGACAGGUGCGAUGUUGACAUUCCUCAGAAUAUCGGUCAUCCACCGCAGAGUACAGGAGAAGAGAGUUCGCUUCGAGAACUCAAGUUCUCAAAUGUGAAAUGCCUGUUGUCUCAAACUGACAUCCACAAACUUUCAGAGAUGUUUCCUAAUGUAAAGGUCACAGUUGAACCUGAAAGUCAAGCAUCACAAGAAGACUCUAAACAGGGUGCAGGGAUGCCUUUCAAGCCAGAGAGGAAGACCUCCCCAUCCUCCCCACCCUCCCCAACUUCUUCAAUAGACAAGCUUGUUGGAGCCACAGCAAGGGUCCAAGUUCACGAAGAACAGACGGACACCCAGAACACUGGGGAAGAAGGAAAGGAGGAGGAAGAAGAGGAUCACAUGGCCAUGGAAAGCCUGCCCCAUGAAACAGAUGAAGUAAAUGUCAAACCAAUCAAGAUGGAAUGUUGUAAGAGAGUUGGAGUUGAAGGUGACAAACUUCAGCUAGAUUCCUUCGGAAUUGAACUUGAGAUCCCUCCCGGUGCAAUUGACUGCGAAGCGCCGCAGGAAAUUUCUCUUUGUGUCCUGACAGAUACUUCAAAUCUUGGCAACAGCAAAGAAGAGAUGUCAGUCUGCUUUGGUGUACAGUGUUUAGCCCCUGAUGACUUAGUCCUUCAGUUACCGGUGACUUACACAAUACCUCACUGUGCUGUGAUUGCACGAUACUCCAGUGUGGAGGCAGUCUUGUACACAGGACAGGGAGAAUACUCACCUGGGUCUUUCAGGGAGAACAUGAUGAUGAGACUACCCUGCGUUGAAUGA